CUGAGCCGCUGGAGUGAAGUAUUUGGAGCAGAAGAGUCGGAGACGGACGGAGGAGAGACUUUAAGAUUCACGAACACGACUUUUUAAAAGUUGUGUGGAAACAUGGAGCCGCGUGGAGCCAGCUUAUUCCUGUUUCUGUUCGUUACCCGAGUGUUCGUCAGCCUCCAGUCGAAAGAACAAGUAUUGCUGGAUAUGAGAGCUUCAGGAUCGGAGUUGGGGUGGCUGACUUUGCCAUAUGAGAACGGAUGGGAGAUAGUCCAGACGGUGGUGAACGGCUCACUUUUCUAUACCUACAGUGUUUGUAGCAUUGACACUACUGAACAGGACAACUGGUUGCGUACGACAUUCAUCCAGCGGCGCCCGGGGACGUCACGAGUCUCUGUGGAGCUGCUUUUCGUUGUGCGAGACUGCAACACUUUUGAUGGCGCCUCCAUUGCCUGCAAAGAAACCUUCAACCUUUUCAUCUCAGAGGCCGACGCCGACGUGGGAACCAACUUCCGUAAAGGACAGUUCCGCAAAGUGGCCACCAUUGCUCCUGACGAGGUCACUCGGGGCCGCGUACUGAAAGUCAACACGGAGACGAAGACGGUGGGACCGCUGUCCAAAAAAGGCUUCUACCUGGCGUUUCAGGACAUGGGGGCUUGUGUGGCGCUGCUGUCUGUCAGAGUGUACUACAAGACGUGCCCGUCCACGGUGCAGAGCUUGGCGGCCUUCCCGGAGACAGUGGCAGAUACUCUCAGGGAGGUGGAGGGCGUCUGUGUAGAGAACGCCGUCAGUCAGGCCACCCCACGCAUCUACUGCACAGCUGAGGGUGAAUGGGUGGUUCCUGUGGGUCAGUGCCAGUGCCUAGCGGGCUAUGAAACCACCGGGGAUUCCUGCCAAGAAUGUAAACCGGGCUACUUCAAACCAUCAGUAUCGAACGAAUUAUGUCACGUUUGUCCUGAUAACACCAAGCCCUCAGCAGCCGGCGCCACAGAAUGUCUAUGUGAGGAAGGUUUCUUCCGCUCCCCUUCAGACCCUCCUACAUCAGCUUGCUCUGCUCCACCAGGUGCCCCUCGUGACCUCCUGUCCACCACCCUGUCAGCAGAGGGCAGGCUGCAGCUGUCCUGGAGUCCACCGCUGGUGACCGGAGGCCGCAGGGACCUCACCUACAGUGUGGUGUGUGAGCACUGCGAGGGGGGCUUGUGCGUUCCCUGCGGCGAGAAGAUCCGCUAUGAGACGGGGCCUACAGACCUGCAGGACACCACAGUCAUUGUUAGUGACCUGGAUUCUCAUCUCAACUACACGUUCACUGUGGAGGCUCACAGCGGUGUGUCUGAGUUCAGUGAUGAGAGGGCCGCUGCAACCAUCACCACCGCUCUGGACUAUACAGAUCCCCCCAAGGUGACGUUGAUCCAUCUGGAUGAUCGUGGCCCCACCAGUCUGUCUCUUUCCUGGAGUCUGUCUCGCAGACCUCCAGCCCACAUUAGUCACCGCUACGAGCUUAUGUACCGCAGAAAAGAUGACGAUGGCGAACGUGAUGUUACCACCUACACAGUCCUAAUUUUGGAGAAAAACUCCGUCCAGAUUAAUGACCUCACUCCAGACACUACUUAUAUGUUUCGGGUUCAGGCUCUGAGUCCGGAGGGCAACCCUGGCAGCUACAGCGUGGAGCACGAGUUUCAUACUUCACAAUUAGCUGAGUCUCAGAUCCAGAACAAGUCCACCAUGGUGAUGGGAGCUGUAGUUGGAGUCGCGGUUAUUCUGCUCGUUGUGGUGGGCGUCCUGCUGCUGCGUAAACGGCGACUGCGUUCUCAUGGCAGGGGAGGGCCUGAAGAUCCCUACUUUUCAUCAGAUCAGCUUAAGCCACUGAAGACAUAUGUUGACCCACAUAUGUACGAGGACCCUAACAUUGCCAUCCACAAGUUUGUCACGGAAAUUGACCCAAGUGCGAUUAGCAAACAAAAAGUCAUCGGCGUUGGAGAGUUUGGGGAGGUGUUUCGGGGUGUGAUGAAGACUCCUGGGAAAGGCGAGGUGGCUGUAGCGAUCAAGACCCUGAAGCCGGGCUACUCAGAGAAACAGAGGCAGGACUUCUUGAGCGAGGCCAGCAUCAUGGGUCAGUUCUCACAUCCCAAUAUCAUCCGCCUGGAGGGAGUCGUCACCAAAUUUAAGCCUGCCAUGAUUGUUACAGAAUACAUGGAGAACGGAGCUCUCGACACAUAUCUGAAGGACCGUGAUGGAGAGAUUCCUCCGUACCAGCUUGUCGGAAUGCUGCGUGGAAUAGCUGCUGGCAUGAAAUACCUGUCUGACAUGAGCUAUGUGCAUCGGGACCUGGCAGCAAGAAACGUUCUGGUCAACAGCAGCCUGGAGUGUAAAGUGUCUGAUUUUGGCCUGUCGCGUAUCCUGGAGAACGAUGCUGAGGGAACCUACACAACCAGAGGAGGUAAAAUCCCCAUCCGCUGGACUGCCCCUGAGGCUAUCGAAUACAGGAAGUUCACUUCAGCCAGCGAUGUGUGGAGCUUCGGUAUCGUCAUGUGGGAAGUCAUGGCAUAUGGAGAACGACCCUACUGGGACAUGAGCAACCAUGAGGUCAUGAAGGCUAUCAACGAGGCCUUCAGGCUUCCUGCUCCAAUGGACUGCCCAUCCGCCAUCUACCAGCUCAUGCUUCAGUGUUGGCAACACGACCGCUCCAAGCGACCUCGCUUCUCAGACAUCGUCAACAUUUUGGACAAACUUCUGCGGAGCCCAGAGUCUUUAAAAACCAUUGCCGACUUUGAUCCACGCGUGUCCAUCCGCCUGCCCAGCACCAGCGGCUGUGACGGCACCAUGUUCAGGUCGGUGCCUGAGUGGCUGGAAUCCAUCAAAAUGGGCCAGUACAACGAGAGCUUCGCUCGCGCUGGGAUAACGACCAUGGAGCAGGUGCUCACUUUGAGGCAUGAGGACAUCAGGAACAUUGGAGUCCGUUUGCCCGGUCACAUGAAGAGGAUAGUAUACAGCAUCCUGGGCCUGAAAGACGAGACCAGCUCUCUCAGCGUGUUUGCAGUGUGAUCUAAGCAUUCCUCCAAAUCAAAGUGCACUGACCGACCAUGCCAUUUCACUCACGGAUGACAAGGACUGAAGUGGGGGGUGAAACUGAGCUACGCUGCUGGGUUUUUAUUUUUUCCUGUGGCACAGUGUGGCAUGAGUGAAGAGGACCCUCCAAGCCACUCAGAAAGGACUGAGACUGAACACAUUUAUGUACUUUAUAACAGAAGAGAAAUAAUUUAUCUUUAUAUAAAAAAAAAGGUUAAAUAUGUUGAACAUAUACAAGUUAUAUGAUGUAGAGAGUAAAACAAUAUAAGUGCAAAAUGUGAGAUCGUGCGAGUGCUUGGCCUUGUAUUUACUGAAUGACUGAAAUAUUCAAGGCUCUUCCUGCUCAAGGGCAACUUCUUCCAAGCACUCACUUUUUAAAAUCCUGCCAGAGUUUCUGGAUCCUUAAAUCUGUUUUGUUUUACUUUUUUGUGAUCAAUGAGACUUACUUUUAAAUUUUGGAAUCAUUAUUCCACUCAGGGUAAAGAAUCACAUAUUCUUAUGUUUUGUAGUCAGUCUCUGUACCACACCAUGCAUUUUCUUCUUCUGUUUGUUUACAUCAUGUCUUACAACUGUCCUUUUUUAUUUAAUAUUUAUUUUUAUUUUAUAUUUAUGUUAUUUGUUACAUGAGAAAUAACCUGGUGCAUGUUUGCCAGGCGGUGUAUUUUUGUGUUUAAAUAAAAGCGUUGCAUUGUGA